GAAUUUUGUACUAUCUGCGUGGCCAUUUUAAGUGAUUGGAAAACGAAUCGUUGUGGUUAACUUUUUAAAUUGUGUUCAAUAAUUUUUAAUACAAUUGAAAAAAAAGAAAAAAGUGAUCCUUUUUACCUAACCACUUCUGGCACUCAUUCGUAUUUAAAUAUUUUAUAAAUUCCAAAGCAGUUGUGAUUAUUUUUGUCACAAAAUAAUACGUUCGUACGGUUGAAAUUCCUUUGUCGUCAAACUAGUGAAAAACGUGAUUUUCGUGAAACGAGACAAGAAAAAAGAAAGCGUAAAAAUAUAAUUUGAGUAAAGAGGGAAUGUGAAUCAAAAGUAGAAAGGUGUAAAAAAUAUUUAACAAAAAAAUAAUAAAAAAAAUAUCAAGUGUUAGAGGAACUUGAAUAUAUUAAAGAAACGUGUCCGUCUGUUACUGAAUCCAUCGAAGAAACGCCGUGGUGGACAGGAGAGAAAAACGCAUAGGAAAAUUAUCGAAGGUUAUCUAGCUAACCGGAGUGCGAGAAGCAACGAAGAAGAAGAGAACAGAAGAGCGUGUGUGUGCGUGUUUUGAAAAGUAAGUCGACAAAUAAAAAAAUAAAUAAAUUUCACAAUGGCUCAGGAUAAUGCGGAAAUGUCCACAAAAUUCUCCACAUUAAAUGUAAACGCUGCUGAAUUUGUACCAAGUUUUACUAGUUUCAGUGCUGCCGCUAGUACUGCUAUAAGUACUGACAACACACCGGCAGCUACAAUUGCACCCAUGGAAACAGCCAGCGUGCCAGCUUCAGCAAGCGGCACUCCUGCCACCACACCUAAUUCGGAGGCAUCCGGUUCAGGUUCCACAAACGCUCUCAAUCAGGCCGAAGUACCGCCAGCGGAUUCACCCAUGCAAACGUCACCCAUAAAGACUGCGGCCGCAGCUGCACCUAUAGAAAAUAUCAACACAGCCGAUAAAAUUGCAGUCAAUAAUGGUAAUGAAACUGAUCCAGCUGAUAGUUGGGAUGUUGAAGAUGAUCCUGUAAUCACACCCGAUGAUGAGGAUCUCGAUGAUAAUGACGAUACUGAAGGUGACGCUACACCAAAAGUGGUCAAGAAAAAACUACCAAAAGUUGAAGAGUCACGAAGCAAAAAGGAACACGUAAAUGUUGUAUUCAUUGGUCAUGUUGAUGCUGGUAAAUCAACAAUUGGUGGCCAAAUCAUGUCGCUUACCGGCAUGGUAGACAAACGUACUUUAGAGAAAUAUGAACGUGAGGCACGUGAAAAGUCGCGUGAGAGUUGGUAUCUCUCGUGGGCUUUGGAUACAAAUCAAGAAGAACGUGACAAAGGCAAAACGGUAGAGGUGGGACGUGCAUAUUUCGAAUCGGAACGUAAACAUUUUACCAUCCUCGAUGCUCCUGGUCACAAGAGUUUCGUGCCCAACAUGAUUGGUGGCGCUGCUCAAGCUGAUUUGGCUGUUUUGGUUAUAUCGGCGAGAAAAGGUGAAUUCGAGACUGGUUUCGAUCGUGGUGGGCAGACACGCGAACAUGCUAUGUUGGCAAAAACGGCUGGUGUUAAACAUUUGGUAGUGCUGGUCAAUAAAAUGGAUGAUCCUACGGUCAAUUGGGAUGAGAAUCGUUACAACGAAUGCAAAGACAAGAUCCUUCCUUACCUCAAAAAAUUAGGUUUUAAUCCCGCCAAGGAUUUAACCUUUAUGCCAUGCUCAGGCCUAAGUGGAGCCGGUCUACGUGAUACUAUACCAGACUCAAUAUGUCCUUGGUAUAGUGGGCCUGCUUUCAUUCCCUUCAUUGAUUUAUUGCCUUCACUGAAUCGCAAGGCUGAUGGUCCCUUCAUUAUGCCCAUUGUCGACAAAUACAAGGAUAUGGGUACAGUUGUAAUGGGCAAAGUGGAGUCGGGAACUGCGCGAAAGGGUCAAAACUUGUUGGUGAUGCCAAAUAGAACACAAGUAGCUGUUGAUCAACUUUGGUCUGAUGAUGAUGAAGUUACAUCUGUGGGUCCUGGCGAAAAUGUUAAAAUUAAGCUGAAGGGUAUUGAGGAAGAAGAUGUUUCUCCUGGUUUCGUUUUGUGUGACGCUUCUAAUCCUAUUAAAACCGGCAAAAUUUUCGAUGCUCAAGUUGUUAUUUUAGAGCAUAAAUCAAUUAUCUGUGCUGGUUAUUCAGCCGUUAUGCAUAUACAUUGUGCAGCCGAAGAAGUUACCGUUAAAGCCCUCAUCUGCUUGGUUGAUAAAAAGACCGGCGAUAAAUCAAAAUCACGUCCAAGAUUCGUUAAACAAGAUCAAGUGGCAAUUAUGAGAAUUGAAUGUUCCGGAAUGAUUUGCUUAGAACAAUUUAAACUAUUCCCACAAAUGGGAAGAUUUACUCUUAGAGAUGAAAAUAAAACUAUUGCUAUUGGCAAAGUAUUGAAGGUGAUCGAGUAAAUUGAGCCAAGCUUAAUUUUUUAAUUUUUCUUGAGUGCUUCAAGCCCCGCCUUUUUAAUAAAAAAACAAAAACAUAACAAACAAAAACAAAUAAAGUAAAGACCUAAUUUUACCAGGCUUUUAAGCCCAGCCGUCAAAUAGGAAAAAAUUGAAUACAGUAAAUUAAAGAAAAAAACAAAUAAAUUUAAAUGAUUUAAAACAAACAAAACAAAACACACACUCACACAAAACCACAACCUAUUCUUAAAACAAAUGAACUUUAAUAACGAAACGAACGAAAAACAAGGAUCAUUAUAAAAAUAACAAAAAAACCAACAAAAAAGUAAAGAAAAUCGUCGUAUAUAAAUAUAUAUUAUAUUAUUACUAUUAAAUAUUUAAAAACAAAAUGAAACAAAAAAAAAGAAUUAUUAUUAUAUAUGAUUACUAUUAUUUUUUGAUUUAAAUUAUAACAAAAACUAAAAAAAAAAAACUAUACAAAACAACAAAUUGGUUAAACAAAAACACGAGUGAAGAAGUUGAUUAACAACCAAUCAACAUUUACAUGCAACAUUUAAAGCAAAAACAAAAACUGUAAAACCUACUCUCUCAACUCUUUACAACUAAAUUUGCAAGAAGAAAACAAAAAAAUACAAAAUUAAGGUAUACAAACAAUAAUUUUUUUGUUGUAGUCAGUCAACAAAAAACCACAAAAUUUGUAGUUAAUUAUAUAUUUUUAUUACUUAAUUUCUUGCUCAUAAGUUCUAAACAUAUGUAUGUAUUGUAUUCUUUUAAUUUGUUUUAUUUGCAACAAAAGCAAAACAUUUAUUGAAUGAAAAACAAAAACCCAAAAAAUUUAAAAGAAAAGCGUAACACCAAUACAACACCCACUUAUUCACUCUAUCAUCAAAGAAAAGAAAACACACAAAAACAAAAAAAGGAAAGUAAUGUAAAGCAAAGUAAAGUAAAGAAAACUUAACUAUAGUCACUAAAAAGAAAACAAAAAAUUACGUUAAGCAAUUUGCAAAGGCCUACAGUCACAGUUAAUUUUUAUUUUUAAAUGGAUACAAAGAGAAAGUGCAGAAGUAACACUCACUCAUUCUCCACUACUCCUCUCUUUUUUAUUUUAUUUUAAUUUAAUUAUAGCUGUCAUCCUUGUAACCUCUACUCCGUUCACUUCUACUGUUGCUGCUGCUGUUUUAAUUUUGUUUAUUUUACUUCAAAUUUAGCAAAAAAAUCUUAAAAGAAAUUACUUUUACUUUUUUUUUUUUAAAAAAUACAUUUAAUGUAUGUAGCCUUUUGAAAACAAAAACCAUUGUUUUAUACACCAUUUUGUUGCUUUAAUUUUUUUUAUUGUUCAUAAUUUUUAUUUAAUUUUAUAUAAUUUUUGUUUUGUUUAAUUAAGCCUUUGCUUAUAUAAAUGAUCGGAUAAAAAGAAAAAAAAAAACAGUAAACAACAAAUUAUUGGAAAAACAAAAAA